AUGGCGGCCGAUGGAGUCGACGUAAACCUCGACGAGUCCCGCCAGACAAACAUUAUUGUUUGUGCUGUGCUAACAUGGGUGUUCGCACUCACCUUCGUUUGCCUGCGCCUGUACACGCGCGCUAGGCUCACGCGCUGCAUCGGCGGUGAAGACUGGAUUCUCGUUACAGCCAUGGUUAGCUCGACCGCCAUGGCCAUUACCAUCAUCUGCCAGGUCACCAAGGGGCUUGGCUUGCAUAUGCAGCGGGUUGACCAGUCGGAUUGGGUAUCUCUACGCUUCGCAGGAUGGCUGGGCAUGCUCUUCAACGCAAUGAGCCUAUACCUGACGAAAAUUUCCAUCUUGCUGCUCUACGCCCGCAUCCUCACACGAUCCAAGUACCGCAUGGCCAUCUACGUCGCCUCCAUCAUCGUGGGAGUGUCUUUUGUGUACACCAUGGCCAUCACCUUCCUGGCGUGCCGGCCGCUCCACGGGUUCUGGAAGCCGGCCACCCAGACCUGUUUGACCUCUGAAUACUGGAUCGUGAGCACGGCGAUGCAUCUAGGCACGGACCUCUUGGCCACUAUCUUGCCCUUUCCCCUCGUCUUGGCUCUCAACAUGCGUGUGACGGAGAGGGCCAUCCUGUUGCUGCUCUUUGGCCUCGGCUUCCUUGUCUCUAUUACCUCGCUCCUCCGGCUGUACUAUUCUGUUACCAGCACGUCGGCCGACUCCACCUGGGCCAGUAUUCUCCCGACCUACUGGGGAUGCAUCGAGAUCAACGUGGCCAUCAUCUGUGCCUGCCUGAUGACGCUGAGGCCCCUGGCGCACAGGUGGUUCCCAAGAUUUCUCUUGUCCAAGAUGUCGUCACGCCUUCAGAAUAGCGGGUAUCCAAGCGGAGCGAGUCCUCUUGGAGAAGGAUGGAUUCAGGUGAUUCUGUGGACGAUUUGA